CUGACCGACACUGCAAUAAUCAACAAUGCUCGCCAAAAUCGUAGCUUUCGGAGCCAUGUUGGCCGCAGCCAACGCUGGUCUUCUUGGACACGCCAUCUCUUCUCAAAGCAUCGUGCGUCACGACGAGGGCCGCCUUGGCGCUUCCUUGGCCUAUGCCGCUCCUUUGGCUCAUGCUGCGCCUUUGGCUUACGCUCCUGUUGUCUACGCUCCCGCUGCUCACUAUUCUGGUCACGAGCAAUACGCCUAUCCCAAAUACGACUUCGCGUACUCAGUAGCCGACCCCCACACCGGCGACCACAAGUCGCAGCACGAGAGCCGCGACGGCGACGCCGUGCACGGCUACUACUCGCUGCUGCAGCCGGACGGCUCCGUGCGCAAGGUUGAAUACACCGCUGAUGACCACAACGGAUUCAACGCCAUCGUACACAACUCAGCCCCAUCAGUACACCCCCAGGGUUACUACUCUCAUUACUAAGCGCAAACCAAAUUCAGUGUUAUUUAAUGGAACCUAUAUUUUAAUUUAUUAAACGUUGUUCAAAUA